AUGUCUACCACUCAUGAUGGAUCACACAGGAACGCGGUUCACUCGUUACCCUUUUUUCGUACCUACGCAAGCAUACCUGCGAAAGACAUGAAUUUGCAGUUCUAUCAGAGCGCAGGCUACGUCCCGCCAGGCGGUUCUAAACCAGAAGAGCGCAAACAACAAGACCAAUGGAACAAACAUGAGCAAUCAUCAAUGAGCGACAUCCCAGAGAACCGCACUACGCGAAAGCGCGCAGACUCGCAUCAACCUCCUUCUCACGCUGAUCAGGCUCACUUGCGGCCGUCGUACGAUUAUGACGAGCGGCCCAGGCGAUUUUCAAGCGCGGAUUAUGGAUCCCGGUUAAGUGGGAAUUUCAACGCGCCGACUGAGAUUGAGCUAGAGCGUGAAAAAGAGAACAGGAAGAGUUUGAAGGGCGUGGAGAAAUUGAGGAGCAAGGUUAAGAGAUUGGUUGGAACAUGA